AUGUCUAAAGCUGGGGUCACUGCGGUGGGCGUGAGCGAUGUGUCGUCGAGGCCCUCGCUUGGGCGGCGAGUGGCCGCUCACUUUAAGCGCUGGUGGUGGGUCCACGUUAUCAUCUUCAUCGCGGUCGUCCUGGUGAUCGCUCUUCCUGUUGUGUACGUCGGAUAUCCGAACAUCGCGCAGGAUGAUAUCAACGAGUCCACUCUGAAGAUCACCGCGAUGGCCAUCACGGAGCCUGCGACGGACGCCUUCACCUUGAAACAGACCCAGGUGAUCGGCACAGACAGCAUCUUCCACCCGACGAUCUUCGCCUUCGAUGCCGCAGUGUCGCUGCUCGGGUCCGCCGCGUUCGCGACGGUCCGCGUGCCGGAGAUCAAGGCCAAUGAUGGCACGAAGAUGGACAUCGAUCAGCGCUUGGACCUGGCCAGCGUGGAUGCCUUCAAGGACUUCUCCAAGGCGGUGAUGCUCGAGAAGGAGGUUAAGCUCAAUGUUUAUGGCGUGCCCAACCUGAAGCAGGGGGCUCUGCCGACUAUCGACGUGACUUACAACAAGACCGUCACCAUGAAGGGCCUGAACAAGCUCGAGGGCUUCAAACUCAGCAAGAUGCACCUCGCCAAGGGCCCCAACGGCUCCAACCUCAAGGGCGAAGUUUUCAUUCCCAACCCAUCCGUCAUGACAAUCACCAUGGGCAACGUAACCCUCGACCUCACCGUCGACGGCAAACCCAUCGGCCAAUCCUUCCUCAACGAACUCGUCCUCAAGCCCGGCGACAACACCCUCGACAUGUCCGCCAAUACGGACCUGAUGGCCGUCACCAAGCUGCUCCCCAAGUACAAGAACAACAUCAUCCCCGUCGACAUCACGGGCAACUCGACGACCUACAACGGCCAGGAUCUGCCUUAUUUCGCGGCUGCGCUGGCGGCGAAUAAGUUGCAGGUGGAUUUGGAUGUGGGCGAGAUUCUGAAGGGAAGUGAUUGA